ACUUUGCAAUAUAGGUUUAACAUUACCAAUGCCGUAUUUAUCAGAAACAAUUUAAUUGGUAACAUUUUUUCUUCACUUUGUAUAAUCACUGGCCCAUUUUUAAGUUGUUACACUAACACAAUAUUUUCCCAAGGGCUUUAAUGGGGGUUUAAGUAAUUAAGGGUUGGAUAUGUGAGCUACUUUUUAAUGUUUUUUGUACGUUCUGGCUUGAGCUAUGGACAGGUGCUAAUCAGCUACAGGAUUGGUAGUUGGCUAAAUAAAUACAUGUAGGUUAUCAUAAUUCAGCUUAUAACUUUGUUAAGUGUAAUAGUGAUGGGAAUAACUUUAACAGUUUUAUAGAAAAUAAGGAUCUCAGUGUAUUAGUUGGUCAGUUUCUUCAGCCAGGUGUCCUCGGACCAUGUGCCACAGAUACCCAGAGGGUCAUAGCAAACAAAAUACCCAGUGCUGUCAAGGUACUCAGUAUUUAGAGGCUCUUUGAGUAGGGGAUGGGAUGCUGACUGAUCUGGGAAGCCUUGUGCUGAGAAAAUUUGAUAGCUUGUGGUUGGCAAAUGGGAUUUUUGGUUGUAUUUAUAGAAAUAUUAAAUAUAAAGAGGUUAUAAUUUCAAUAAAUUGGUCACUUGUUAGACUGCAUUUGAAUUAGUCUUGAAAUCCUUAGCUUAAGAAAGAUGUUAGAUUGUUGUAAAAGGCUACUAGGGUGAUACCUGGGAUGUAAAGGUUGUCAUACGAGUGUAGGUUAAGAUCUCUGAAAUUGUUUUCUCUUGAGUUAGAGGGUAUCUGAUUGAGAUUUUCAAGAUUAUUAAGGAAGUUUAUAGUGUUAUUGCCUCUUUUUUCAUAUGAAAUGAGGAAAAUGGUAGGACAAGAGUAGGAGUCCUCUUCAGCUUAGACUGUUUUACUUUCCUAACAGGGUGGUGUUUACUUUGUAUUUGUUUGCAUACAGAUAGGUUACAAGGAAACAACAAUAAUUCAUGUUUUGGAAUCUUCAGCUUGAUCUUCACUGGUUUCUGACUCUGGUUCAGUUUACUGGAAGCUUAUUAACAGUUCAAAGACCAGCUAAACUGUGUGAUGUGGCCAGGAGAUAUAGGUAAGUCAUUAGCAGGAUCCAUUGAAGGUUGAGAAAUAGACACAACAGCAGAAGUCUUGUGGGGGGGAGGGGACCUCAAAGUCUUCUGUAGUCGACUUUCCUAUUAGCAAUACCAGUCUUAAUGUUUGGGGAACAAUUUGGCUGAAUUCACCAUAGCUAGCAACCCUUUCUGUGCAAUAAAGAACAUUGUCAUUCAAGACAUAGUGCUUGGAUUUAUUUACAGUCUCUGUAACUAUAGCAGAAUCAACAGACAACUGUUCAGUUUUCAAGAGUAAAUCUGCUUAUAUUCAUCAUCUUUAACUUGGUAGUUUUUAUUAAAAAGGAAUCAUUGGUUCUCUUUAUAUAUGUUUUGCUGUGGUAUAGUUUGCCCUUUGCUAUGUUGUGUGCUGAUAGAUUGAAUUUUUGUAAGCAUUUUGUUCAGUAGAUAUGGUUACAUGUUAAAGGAAUUUUUACCACCAACCAAAGCGCAGGCUCUCCUCUUCCACUUAUGGAGUCCUAUUAUAGUAUGUUUGUUAGUGUGCAGCCCAGAUAGCACCAACCACAGGGAAUCAACUGGUCAGCGGCAACCUAUUGCUACACACAUAUAUAUAUAUAUGUGUGUUUGUGUGCUAUUAAUUAAUUUGUAUUUUAAUUAUUUGUUAUUGUCAUGUUUCACUUGUAUCAAGUUUCCAGUGUUAAUAAGAAGGGACUGAUUUUGAUUAUAAAGAAGCAGAGAUCAGGACUGCUAAUCAAUGCUUGGCACUAUAGCAAAUGGGCAAACUAAUCUAAGCCCAAUCUUAUUUAUAAUUGCACAAACAAAGCAAAUUCAUCAGUGAUAACCAUUGUAUUCUCAGAAUGACUAGGAUAUUUAUAAGAAAUUAAGAAGAAUAUUUUAUAAACUAUGGUAUUUGAGAACAAAAGCUAUAACUAAGCAAGCCAGAUGCUUCAUAUAUUUUUAAUAUAAUUUUAUAACAGUGAAGUUGGGUAUAUUUUGCCUAACAACAGUAGGGCCUGACACUGUUCUUCCAUGUUGCUUUCUUCUGAGACAUUAAUGUCUUAACAGUUAAUUAAUAAGCCUAGUUGACUAAUACAGCUUUCAACACUAUAGAAACAGGUUAAACAUACUAAUUUAGUAUUAAUAAUUUAGGAUAAAUUGCAUAAUUAAAUUUGAUUCAAAAUAACUCAAAAUUAUUGAUAAUGCUUGUUUAGUUUGUUGAUAAGCUGUAAAUUUGUGUGGAUGACAAUAACAAUUUAAAGGCCUACCAGUUUUAUAGCAGUGCUAGUAAUUAGGUACUUGCAUAGAUGUUGCAUUUGUGUGAAUAUAUAAAUAAAGUGCUUUGUGGAAGUAAAUAACUAUGCUGUUUUUUCAUUACAGACACAAGAAAAACAUUUGUUACAUCCACCAUUGUUGGAUCCAGUUGUAGAAACAUUUUCACAAAUGAAAGAGUCGGAGAGUGGAAGAUAAAAAAACACCAGGAAAAGUUGUUGGACAAAGCAGUUAUAUAAUGGAGCUAACUAUGAAUAUAAAGGAAGAAUCAUUUAAUGAAACAUUAGUAAGUGAUGUAGUUUCACAUGUUGAUGUUUGUGACGAGGAAAGCUGUAAGAUAGAAAUUGAUUCAGAGAAAUCCGAGUACAAAGCAGGUUCUGAAAAUGUUGAAGAAAGUUCUACAGAACUUGAAGAAAUUCAAAAAGAAAAUGUAUUUGGUUCAUGUAAAAAGCAGAUACAAGUCAAAACAUGUAGCAAUUCUACAGAAAAUGGACCAGUAAAAAAUCAUGGUCUUAAAUCAUCUUUUGCAAGAAAAAUGUCGUUUAGUUGUGAUGUUUGUGGGAAAAGUUUUAAAAGGAGUCAUCACUUGAAACGUCAUGAGAUUGUACACACUGGAGAAAAACCUUUUUGUUGUGAUUUGUGUGGGAAACAGUUUGCACGUACUGAAGUCCUGAAGAGACAUCAGUUACUUCACACUGGAGAAAAACCAUUUACUUGUACAACAUGUGGAAAAUGUUUUAGAAUGAGUCAUCAUUUAAAGUUACAUCAGAUUCUGCACACUGGAGAGAAACCUUUUCCAUGUGAUAUGUGUGGAAAAAAUUUUAGGACAAGUGGACAUCUAGAACAACACAAGGUUCAACAUACAGGAGAAAAACCAUUUGUUUGUAAUACUUGUGGGAAAAACUUUAGCAGGAGUCAUCAUUUAAAAUUACAUGAAAGUGAGCAUAGUGGAGAAAAACCAUUUACUUGUAAUGUGUGUGGGAAAAAUUUUAAAAGAAGACACCAUUUAAAAGUACAUCAGGCUUUGCACACUGCAGAGAGAGCAUUUCCAUGUGAUGUAUGUGGUGAAAAGUUUAGAUCCAGUGGGAAUGUUAGACAACAUAUGUUAAUACAUAUGAAAGAAAAACCAUUUACUUGUAUUAUAUGUGCGAAAAGUUUUCGAAGGCGUGUUAAUCUAAGAGAACAUUAUUUGCUACAUUCUGGAGAGAAACCAUUUAGAUGUGAGGUAUGUAGCAAAACAUUUAUACGAAGUGGAGAUUUAAAACGACAUGCGCUGAAGCACACUAAAGAGAAACAUUGAGUGAACUUUAGGAGCUAGAAGCAAAAAUUCACAACAGUUUCAGUUGAAUCUCAUUGAAGAAGGGCUUUCAAGUUGUGUUCUAAAUGUGUAUGGCCAAAUGAAAACUUAAAUUAGCAAUUAAACUAAUAAUUUCUGAAGUUUGUUGGAAAAAAUUAUCUUGAAAAAUAAAAUAAAAAGUAAUGUUUUAUUUAAAUUAUUUUUAAGAACUAUGAAGAGUAACAGAAAUUUUGAGUACCGAUCUUCUGUACAAUAAGUAAACAGUUGCUAAAUGUUAUGUACUGUUAAAAUACAAGAUUUUGAGGAGCAACUCUUGAAGGGCCUUGAACUUGCUCGUCUUUGUAAUGGUAGAACUUGGGGAAUCUCACUGACCAAUAUUUCUGAUGAUCUAUUGGAACAACUGUGUUUAUGAAAUUUUAAAAUUACACAAACUCUCUGAUUAAAACUGAAAUUUUAAUUUUUAAAUGGUUUUAUUUAAAAAUCAGUUUCAUUAGAAAAAAAAAUCAAUGAUGUUAGUAUUACAGUUAACUCAACACAAAAACAGCACAACAGUAAAAUUAGUUAAUUUAUCAUUCACUAAAUUAUAAUUGAAAGUAGUCAGGUGUCUUAAAAGUUAAUUUUCCUGGUAAUGAUGUUGAUAUUCUAGAGUGCACUACAAACUUUAAAAAAAAAAGUUUAUUGUUUGAUUUAAUUUAUCAGCAAUGGUGAAAGGUCACUUAGUUCCAAGAAUAAAGGUUGAAAGAAAUUUAUUUUGAAACAAAAGACCAAAGUUGUGCUUAACACUACUGAAGUAUAACUAUUGGAGCAAAUAAUUUUGUGAAAUCCUAGCCUUUGUCUUUUGACUCUUGCACAUCUCAGUUCCAAGGUCCUAGAUAAUUUGUGACAUUAUGAAAUUCCAAACUCUUUUUGACAACUGUAACAGUUACUAUUGGUAUAAAAGUUUGUAUAUUUUCAUGGUUUUUAAAUAUGUAUAUAUAUUGUGUGGAAAAAUGAUGUCUUUAAUUGCAUGUAGAGACCAAAUGAAACAUAACUCUUCAUCUUAGAAUUAUUUUAUUGUUUAUUUUGCUACCAUUCUUGUUUUGUUUUAAAUGAAUUUACAUUGCAGUCUUUUGUUUUUUGAUACAAUACUCAACAGCAUAGUGUUCUUUAAUGUCAGUAUGUUGUGGUUCCUUAACUUAAAUCGAUGAAUGUUUAACACUAUAUUGUGAUAACUGUAGUAUAUCUUCUGCUAUACUUAUCAACAUAGUGGACUAAAAUAACUUCAGCAUCCUUGACUUUCAAAGUCCAAGACAAUAUAGCUAAGUUUGAGUGAAGCUUCAAUAUGUGAUUAUAAUUUCACUUCUCAUUUAAAGAGAUCCUUGCUGUCAGAAGUUAAUGCUGUUAUAAAACUCAAUUGCAAUGUAGCUAUUCUGUAUAUAAUCAAAACAUGAACUGGAAUGUGGUUUGUGGCAUAUUUAUUAUAAAUAUUUUUUCCUAUCUUUUAGAUUUUGAGACUGGUUCAAUCUACUUUUUUUUAAAUCAAUAUAACAGGUAUAGAACAAGGAAUAUAAGACAUUAAAAACGAGUUUUAACAGCAAGUGUGACAUUAAAAUGAACUAGGAUUUAAUAAAACCAUUUCUUGUACUGUAAAAAUAGGUUGAUUUAUUUUGAAUAAUUUAUGCUGUUUCAUGUAACUAAAUGUACUGGGUAAGCAUGUUUAUAAAUGUAUGUGAAUAAGUAGGUACAAGUUCAACAAAAUAAGUACAAAUAUUUAACUAUGUUUCCUAAUGGUAAACAAUUUCAUUGUUAUAUGGUGUUUGUGUAUAAAUUCAGUCUGAUUGUUUAAGAAAUAGUCUACGAUUUAAUUUUUUGUGGCAACCUUAGUGCAUUUGAUCACAGUUUUGUUUCAUAUAUGUCGUGCCCACAGAAGAGGAUAACGUUACAUAACACAGAUUUUAAUAACUGUACUUUUUCAUCUCAAAGUUUGUUUCAUACACAAGUUUAUUCCAUAUCAAAUUCACUGUGACAGCAACCUCUCCUUUCAACUAUGGAAGCCAGGUUUCAUGGUUUGUGCCCCAUUACCUCCAAAAUUACAAACAAGAAUCUAAAACCUGAACCUCCUAUCUUUAUUUGUUGAGAUAUCAACAAAUUUGUCAAACCUACCAGAGAAGCCCCUUUCAUUUUUUGAAUUUGAAUAUUAUUUGUAAAUUAACUUUGCACGGUUGAUGAAUAUUUUUAUAGCCAAUAAAAAAAGCAUAUUUUCCAUUAUGUAAAUCUUACAGAAUUUUUUUACCUAUUUGUAGCAUACUUAGCAAGUGGGAUAAAUUAUGGUAAUUUUGAGAUUAUUUUGUAGUUACUGAUUUAUUUUUUGUUUGAAAAUGCAUAUUUGAAAGCUACGUUAGUUUUUUUUUUAACAAUAAUAUUUGUGAGACUCAACAAGGCUUAGGGGAAAAUAUUAAAUAUUUUUGCUCAA